AUGCUCGGUAGGUUGCCUGCCUGCGUAAUCGAUAAUGGUACAGGCUACACUAAACUAGGAUAUGCUGGAAACAACGAACCACAGUUUAUCAUUCCAUCAGCUAUUGCUGUACGUGAUAAAGUAAGCAGCAGUAACUCGGCUGCUUUACGGUGGAAUAAUUCGGGCGGUAGAAUUGAUGAUCUCGAUUUCUACAUUGGUGAUGAAGCUUUAUCUCCAGCAGCAACUAACUAUUCUGUUAAAUAUCCUAUCCGCCAUGGUAUUGUGGAGGAUUGGGAUCUUAUGGAACGAUUCUGGGAGCAGGCUAUUUUCAAAUAUCUCCGUGCUGAACCCGAAGACCACUUUUUCCUCUUGACGGAACCUCCUCUUAACACUCCGGAAAACCGUGAAUACACUGCCGAGAUCAUGUUUGAGUCAUUCAAUGUUCCUGGAUUGUAUAUCGCAGUUCAAGCUGUUCUUGCACUAGCUGCUAGUUGGCAAUCUAGGCAAGCUCACGAACGGUCACUUACAGGCUUGGUUGUCGACUCUGGAGAUGGAGUAACUCACUGUAUUCCUGUAGCUGAAGGAUAUGUAAUCGGUUCUUGUAUCAAACACAUUCCCAUUGCUGGUCGAGACAUUACUAGUUUCAUCCAACAACUCUUACGUGAAAGAGAACCAACCAUUCCUGCUGAGCAAUCAUUCGAAGUAGCCAAGGCAAUCAAGGAGAGAUUCUGCUAUGUAUGUCCUGAUGUUUUGAAAGAGUUUACCAAAUAUGACACCGAUGGAUCGAAAUGGUUGAAACAAUACAACGGAAUCAACAACAUCACCAAGAAACCAUUUGUUGUUGACGUUGGUUAUGAACGAUUUUUAGGACCCGAAAUCUUCUUCAGCCCCGAGUUCGCCAACAGUGAUUUUACGACUCCAAUCUCGGAAAUUGUUGAUAAUGUCAUCCAACAAUGUCCUAUUGACGUUCGUCGUGGUUUGUAUGAGAAUAUUGUUCUGUCUGGUGGAUCCACUAUGUUCAAAGACUUUGCUCGUAAAAUGCAAAGAGACAUCAAAAGAAUUAGUGAUGCCAGGCUAUCCCUCAGCGAAGCUUUAAGUGGAGGUUCACUGAAGCCAAAGCCUAUUAAUGUCGAGGUCGUCUCUCACAAAAUGCAGCGAUAUGCUGUAUGGUUCGGAGGAUCUAUGCUGGCAUCCACGGCUGAAUUCUACCAAGUGUCACACACGAAGGAAGAGUACAUGGAAAAAGGUCCUUCCAUUUGUCGACAUAACGCCGUCUUUGGUCAACUGGCCUAA